ACCAACGGUUCUCAACAUGUUCACUUCCAAAUGUGCAAAUUGUACGGACACCGUGGGCGACGGACCAGAGUGCUCAAUCUGUAAGAAAAGAUUUCAUUUUGCUUGCGGAGGCAUCACUGAGCGUGGUUUCGCCAGAUUGGGUUCUGGCAGAGCCUCCUGGAUGUGCACUAAUUGCAGAGAUGCACCGCUGACGCCAAUGGAGACAUCCUGCAUCGAGACGGCGGCUGCUAACACUCCUGGCAGUUCAAGAUUCUCUUCAGGACUUCCGCUCGAGAUUCGGGCGGUUUCAACACCUAAACAUGGUGCUUCAAGUGAAGAUAAGCAAAACUUCCUUGAGUUGCUGCAAGAGGUCUCUUCCAAAAUAACGAAUAUCCAGACAGAGAUUACGAUGAUACGUGUUAUCCAGCAAGAUAUCCAACAAGUUAAAUUGGAUAUCGCCGAAAUGAAUAAUACUUUGAACACAAAGUUGGACAAAUUAAAUAACCGCGUAGACAACAUUGAGUCAAGGGUGUCAACGGUUGAGGGCCUGGUGUCAACGAUUGAGGGACUCUCAACUGAAGUCGAGGACUUGAAAAUGAAGGUCAAAACUGUUUUGGAGGAGGGCCAUAAGAAUGAGCAGUGGGUACGUCGGUCAAACAUCCAGAUUAACGGAAUUCCACAUAAAAGCGGUGAAAAUCUUAUAAAAAUCAUAAAAACCUUGGCUGAACGUAGUGGUUACCCUCUAAACGCAGAAAAUGAUAUUGAUUUCAUAACACGCGUAGCAGUGAAGAACGAUGAAGACGCCAGGAGAUCUAAACCGAUAAUACUAAAAAUGCAAUCAAGAUACAAGAAGGAUGAUUUUUUGGCUGCACUUCGGAAAUUGAGAAACAUUAAGGCAUGCGACCUGGGUUUCACCGGUAUGACUGGACGGAUUUACUUCAAUGACCAUCUCUCCCAACGUAAUAAACAGAUCUUCCAGCAAGCAAAGCUUAAAGCUAAAGAGAAAAAUUACACGUUCUGCUGGGUAAAAAAUUGUACUAUUAUGGUACGUAAAACUGAAAAAUCACCAGUAUUGCAUAUUACAUCCGAGGAAUCGUUAAAAAAAAUUUUAUAAGUGAUAUAAAGGUGUAUACGUUAAGUAUUUAUAAUAGUUUG